UUUUUUUAAUUCCUAGGAGUGUGUGCAGCAGCUUGACCUGAGAGACAUGAUAUCUGUCUCCAUGGAUGGACCCAGUGUAAACUGGAAGUUUUUAGAAAUUCUCCAGCAAGAACAUUCAGAGGCGUUUGGAGGUGCCCAGCUGACUGUGGUCGGGAGCUGUGGUCUCCACACACUCCAUAAUGCCAUAAAAAGUGGCUUUAGUGUAUGACAAAUGGAGAAAGUGCUCAGGGCACUGCAUACAGUCUUCCAUAAUAGCCCUGCUAGAAGAGAGGAUUUCUGCACUCUGACCAAGACAUCUGUGUUUCCCUUGCCAUUUUGUGGGCAUCGUUGGAUAGAAAACCUACCGGUCAUCGAUAGGGCUAUUGCAGUAUGGCCAAUGAUCGUGAUGUAUGUGGAUGCAAUAACAAAGAAAAAACUUCCAAAUCCGAGAACAUCAUCCUAUGACUCCCUUGCAGAGGCACGGCAUGAUCCUUUCAUAAUGGCCAAGUUUCACUUCUUCAUGGCUGUCUCCAGGACCUUCUCCACCUUUCUGACUAAAUAUCAGACAGAUGAGCCUGUGUUGCCAUUCAUUAGCAAAGACCUGGUCAUGCUCAUGAAAAGCCUGCUUAAGAGGUUCAUCAAGGAAGAAAUCCUUAAUGACAUCACUGCACUGCAGAUGGUCAGACUGGACACAACUGACAAAAAAGCAAGAAAACAACCAAAGAAUGUGGACACUGGCUUAGGAGCAGAAGCAGUCAUAAAGGAACUCCAGAGUAGCAGCAGAGUAGGUGAGCUCAGUGUGUUGGAGUUUAAAAGGGACUGCAUGGUCUGACUAACAUCAUCCAGAAAAUGCAAGAUAAGAGUCUGCUGAAGUACACUGUUGUGAGGCAGGUGGCAUGUUUGGACCCAACAAACAUGUUCUCAGACCCUAACUUGUGCCAGGAAAGAAUGAAGCGACUUGUUCAUAGGUUUCUGCAAGCCCACCAGCUGCCAGGAGGCAUCUCUGCUGGUGACAUAAUUGUCCAGCAGUUUGGAAACUUCUUGUCUCUGGAGGCAAAAUCAGAGUCAUUGAAGACAAGGCUGGAUGUUUUCCAGCAUGGCCUCCUCUGUCAAUCCUACCCUGAGCUCUGGACUUUCUGCAAGAAACUACUGCUCCUCUCCCAUGGCCAAGCAACAGUGGAGAGGGGCUUUUCUGUUAACAAGGAGGUAGAGGCCGAUAAUAUGCAGGAGGACACAGUUGUUGCUCAGAGGAUGAUGUGUGACUGUUUCUGUCUGUGGGGGGGUUCUAAAAGUUCCUCUGACAAAGGAGAUCCUGGCAGCUGCAGCUUCUGCAAGAUCUCAGUAUCAGCUACACCUGGAUCAGGAAAAGAGAAAGCAGGAGAGCAAUGCACAAAGAGAAAAGCAGAAGAGGACCUCCUUGAGCAGCUCAAAAAGAGGAAGAUGGUACUAGCUGAGGUGGCAAACAGCCUUGAAAAAGAAGCAGACACACUGGCAGAGAAAGCUGAGGGUAAAUCAGGUACACUCAUGGCCCAGCUAAUCACUAAGUCUAAUAUUCUGAGGAAGUGAUUCAAAGAAAAGGUAGCAGAACUAAAAGAGGUUGAGAUGGAGCUAGGAAAUAAAUCAGUAGAACUCCAGUCAACCAUUAUCUUUAUCCUCCCUACCUUUCAGACAAUUUCUGUUCCACAUUUCACAUCAAAAAUGUUCAUUCACAUUGUUGUAAGUCAAAUAUAUGUACAAAGUAGACAAUCUAGAACAAAAAUCUACCCGUUAUUGUGAGCUGGUUAAUAAUAGUAAUUAAUGUUGUACAGUGGCUU